AUGCCGUCGCCAUCGAAGCAACGGAAGGUGGCCAUUGUUGGCAGCCGUUCCGUAGGCAAGUCUUCCUUGGCAGUGCAGUUCGUCGACGGCCACUUUGUCGAGAGCUACUAUCCUACCAUCGAGAAUACCUUUAGCAAGGUCAUUAGAUUUAAGGGCCAGGACUAUGCUACUGAAAUUGUCGAUACUGCCGGCCAAGAUGAGUAUAGCAUCCUGAACUCCAAGCACUUUAUCGGUAUCCAUGGAUACAUGCUAGUCUACUCGGUCUCUUCCCUACCGUCGUUCGAGAUGGUGCAGGUCAUCCGCGAGAAGAUUCUCAAUCAUCUUGGCACGGACUGGGUUCCAAUUGUCAUAGUAGGCAACAAGAGUGACCUCCGCCCUGAGCAGCGCCAGGUCAGCCAGGAAGACGGCAAGAAGUUAGCGGAGAAGUUCAACUGCGCGUGGACGGAAGCCAGUGCGCGAUACAACGAGAAUGUUGCUAAGGCCUUCGAACUCCUGAUCGCCCAGGUGGAAAAGUCACAGAAUCCGAACGAGGCAACGAACAACGGAAAGUGUCAGGUGAUGUAA